AUGGAAGCUGCGAAAGUGAUUGCAAAAGAUCUUGGGUUCUUUUUGACACAUUCAUCAACCAAAUCAAAUGAUGGCGAGAAGUACCCCCGAAUAUAUCUUCACUGCCAUCGUGGAUAUAAGAACAAUACAUAUGUCCCAAAUCCGGAUAAGAAAGGACGAUCCAACACAAAGUCACUUAAAGAUGGUUGUCGUUUUCGAGUGAGACUGGUGGGACUCCCGGAGGAUAAGACUUGGAUGAUUGAUGGUGUGAAGGACAAUCACAAUCCGAGACAAUUUUGUGGGUUUCACAACCAUGCAUUAGAGCUUUAUCCCGAAGGCCACACUCAGAGGAAUGCUUUUACUAAUGAAGAGCUAAAGGAUAUGAAAAAGAUGGAAUGGGCUCGUGUUCCUCCUCGAAAAAUGAUGCACACUAUCAACCAAAAGUAUGGUACUCACCAUAACAAAUGA